AGUCGGCUUUCAGUCGGUGAGGCGCACGGUGCCCUGAAGCAGCUCUGUCUCUAUCUCACACACACACACACACACACACGCCGGCUCUGAGUGACUGGAUGCUGAGGGAGAGGGGCCGAGAGGAGCGCGAUCAUCAGCGGCGGACGGCGCAGAGCACCGCGGGGCCGAGGGCGCAGACGCAGGACUCAUCCAGGCGCGCUCACCUGGCGAGGACGCGACGGAGGAAACAGACCUUCCCACUGGAGGAGUGGGAGAAUCCGGGUCGGCCGGAGCAGAGCCUCUGUGGGGAUCUGGUGCGACCGUCGCUUUUUGGUUGGUGUGUGUGUGGGGAUAUUUUAUGAAGAGAAGGAGCCGGUGGAUUGUCAGUCGCUGAGGGGGUGAAUUUGGGGGAAGAAGAAAAAAAAACCCGUUUGCAUACUAAUCAGGAUUCGGAUUCGGACGUCGAGAGAGAGAGAGCACAUCCAGAGCAGAGGACUGGGCUCAGAUGAAUGUGUAGCAGAAUCCAGCCAUGCCAAUAACAAGUAAAGGGUCAAGACGGAGGGCUUGGGUCAGCGGACCCUCUAAGCGUCUCUGGCGGUGGAAGCCCCUCUUCUAUUUAUGCGUUCUUGUCGUUGUUCAGUCCACAACUGUCCAUGGAGCGCUGGAACUCCAGCUGGACGAAGAGCAGCCUGAGGGGACCAUCGUUGGGGAUAUCAGUGCUGGCUUACCGCCUGGUGAGACGGCGAGCCUUUACUUCAUCUCAGACCACGAAGGCACCGGUGUUGGCAGUGAUCUCAACAUCGACGAGACCACGGGCAUCAUUACCACCGCGCGCCGCCUGGACCGCGAGCAGCGGGACCACUACAGCUUCAUCGCGGUGACGAUGACGGGAGUCACCAUCGAGGUGUCGAUCACUGUCAACGACAUCAACGACCAUGUGCCCGUGUUCCCUAAAAAGAAAGCUGUUCUAAAGAUUCCCGAGCACACCGCGGUGGGCACGAGGUUCUCCCUUGAGCCGGCGACGGAUGCAGACAAGGACCAGCUGACUACCCAAGGCUACGCUAUUAGAGAGGGCAAUGUAGGCCAGGCGUUCCGACUGGAGACCAAGAGAGCCGCUAACAAGGCGCUGUAUCUGGACCUGGUGGUCAAUGGAAUGCUGGACAGGGAGAAGCGCUCCUCGUACUCUCUCGUCCUGGAGGCCUUCGACGGCGGCUCGCCGAGAAGGAUGGGAUCCAUGAGCCUGGAGGUGACGGUGACCGACAUCAACGACCAUGCGCCGGUGUUCAAUCAGAGCAGAUACCACGCUAUCAUCUCUGAGAGUCUUCCACAAGGCAGUAGCAUCCUGCAGGUGUUUGCAGCAGACGAGGAUGAGGGCGAUAAUGGUCUGGUGCUGUAUGAAAUCAACCGGCGCCAGAGUGACCCUGACCGCUACUUCGUCAUGGAUAUUAAGUCCGGGAUCAUCACUCUGAAUAGACCCCUGGACUAUGAGCUAAAGAGGGUCCAUGAACUGGUGGUCCAGGCCAGGGACAACGCCAGCCACCCUGAGGUAACCAACGCAUUCGUGACUAUCCAUGUCCGUGACUACAAUGACAACCAGCCCACCAUGACCAUCAUCUUCCUCAGCGAGGACGGCUCUCCGAGAAUCUCAGAAGGAGCCCAACCGGGCCAGUAUGUGGCCCGGAUAUCCGUCACCGACCCGGACUACGGGGAGUACGCCAACGUGAACGUGUCCCUCGAAGGCGGCGAUGGGAAGUUCGCGCUUACGACCAAGGACAGCAUCAUUUACCUGAUCUAUGUAGACCAGGUCUUGGAUAGAGAGGAGCGCGACUCAUAUGACCUCAGGGUGAUGGCCACGGACUCCGGCACGCCUCCCCUCAGGGCGGAGUCGUCCUUCACCAUCCAGGUGACCGACGUCAACGACAACCCGCCUCUGUUCGACCAGCAGGCCUACAGACAAACUAUUCCGGAGGUUGUGUACCCUGGAUCCUUUGUUCUCCAGGUCACGGCCAGGGACAAGGACCAGGGCCCCAACGGGGACGUCCGAUAUAGCCUCCUCAAGGGCAAAAACUCCCACUCUGAUUGGUUUUCGAUUGACCCGGUCACGGGGAUCAUAACCACUGCAGCUGCUCUGGAUUUCGAAUCGGAGCCCGCACCCAGUGUGACAGUCGUCGCGACGGAUAACGGCCGGCCGCCACUGUCAUCCACGGCGAAGGUGGACAUUGUGCUGCAGGACGUUAACGAUAACACACCCGUGUUCUCCAGCGACUUCUACAAUGCCUCCAUCAAGGAGAACACCCCGGCUGGGACCUGCUUCUUAGAGGUGUCGGCCACCGAUGAGGAUCGCGGUUCCUUCGGUGCUUUGUCCUACACGCUGGGCUCAGGCUCUGGGGGCCUGGCGCCGACGCCCUUCACCCUCGACAAGAAGACGGGCCAACUGUGCACCAGCACCUCUUUGGACCGCGACGAGGGAUUGGACAAGUUUGACUUGACUGUUACUGCAACGGAUGGAGGUGGUCUGAGCUCAGUAGCGCGUGUGCACGUUUCAGUGGUGGACAUCAAUGACAACCGGCCCACCUUUUAUCCGGUCCUCUACACAGUCAGUCUCAGUGCCCAUAGUGCCCCGGGAACGUCCGUCGUCAAGGUAACAGCCAAUGACGCUGAUGCCGGGGAGAACGGCAGGGUGACCUACCGCACGGUACCUGGAGGAGGCUCCAUGUUCUUUACCCUCAACAAGGACACAGGUGUGAUUUCUCUCUCCCGCUCGCUGCACGGCAAAGCCAACACGGUGAUCUCCAUGGUGAUAUCCGCCGAGGACGGCGGCGGCCUCGCGGCGCCAGUCAACGCCAGGGUGAACGUGAGCGUGGUCGGCGGCUCCGUGGCCUCUCCCGCGUUUGAACAGGCGCAGUAUUUCUUCACUGUGUCCGAGGGCGUUCUCCGGGGGACGGCGGUGGGAGUGGUGCGCGCCGCUGCCAAGACAGGUGUCUCUAAGGACGUCUUCUACUCCAUCUCUUCCGGAGACCCUGAUGGUUACUUCACAGUGGACAGCGCCUCCGGCACCAUUCGCACAGCCCUUCCUCUGGACCACGAGACCUGCUCUAGUCUUGACCUGGAAAUCCAGGCGCGCUCCGGCUCUCCUCCGGCGUACGGGACCAGCCGGGUACGCAUAACGAUUUCGGACGUCAAUGACAACGCCCCCACCUUCCUCCCCUCCUCAUCGGAGUCCCUCCUUUUGCCCGAGAUCACCAAAAUGGGGACCGUCAUCUACCGCAUUCAGGCCACCGACAAGGAUUCUGGUCAUAACGGUCAGCUCAGCUUCGACCUGGUCUCCGCUGGCGCUGCGGGCGGCAAUGGCCAGAGAACGUUUGGAGUUGACCGGGGAAGUGGGGAGGUACGUCUGAUUGGGGGCCUGUCGUAUGAAAACGUCCCACGCUACGACCUUCAGGUGGUGGCCAAGGAUGGUGGAGCGCCCCAGCUGAGCUCCACCUUCACCCUCGUGGUCCACAUCCAAGCACAAGAUGCGCAAGGGCCCAACUUUGACACCCUGACCUACCGCGUGGAGUUACGGGAAAACACCCCCCUCAACACGCGCUUCCUCCAGGUCCGAGCGCUCAACAGAGAGGCCUCUGGGAACGGUGGAAGCUCCGCCUCCUCAUCUUCUUCCUCCUCCAUCUCCUACCGCCUCAGGCCCGACGGCGAUGCCGCCGGUUUCGGCAUCAUGCCAGACAGCGGCUGGCUAUUUGUCCGUAGCUCUCUGGACCGCGAGGUGAAAGACAUGUACCUGUUGACCGUCCUGGCCACCUCAGGCCCCGGAGGGGUGGGCAGGACGGGGAGUGCCACAGUCAGGGUGACGGUGACCGACGAGAACGACAACUCCCCCAGACUGAGCCAGGACAGGGUGUUCCUGGCUGUCAGGGAGAACCUACUGGCCGGGACGGGCUUCGGCAGAGUGUCUGCGACGGACAGGGAUGCGGGACUAAAUGCUCGACUCACCUACAGGCUGCUGCACACUGACAGACACUUUCAGAUCAACUCACAAACAGGUGAGAUCAGCACCCGGCUCGGCCUGGACCGAGAGCAGCAGUCCAGUUACCAGCUUGUUGUGGUCGUCCAGGACGGGGGAACGCCCCCUCGCAGCGCCACCGGCACCGCUCAUAUCUCCGUGCUGGAUGAAAACGACCAUGCCCCCAGCUUCACUCACGGCAGGCCGGACAGGGAGCUGCUGCUUCAGGUGAUGGAGGGGCUUCCAUCUGGGACAGUCUUGGGGACAGUGACGGCUAAAGACCCAGACGAGGGAGAGAACGGGACCGUAUACUACUCUUUAUCGGGCUCCCGGGCAGAGCGCUUCUCCCUGAACCCGACCGGCGGCGAGCUGAGAACCGCAUCGCCUCUGAGGUGGUCGGAGCGAGCCGAGUACGUCUUCGCCGUGACCGCCGCUGACCACGGAACACCGGGCCUCAGCGCCACCUGCCAGCUGCGGAUACAGGUUCUCAGCUCCUCCAGGUCCAACCCCAAGCCCAACAUGCUCUCCAUGACCCUGAACAUAGUGGAGGGGGCCGCUCCGGGCUCCGUCAUCGGCUCCCUCCGGCCGCACGACGAGCACCAGUCCGCCAUAUUGGAAGGUCAGGUGACCUACCUGGUGGUGGGCGGGACCGACCGGGAUGGCACUUUCAUGGUGGACCGCUUGAAGGGCGACGUGUACCUGGUGCGCGAGCUGGACUACGAGACGGGGUCGAGGUACACCCUGCGCGUCGAGGUGUCGGACUUCUCCCAAGCGUUUCCCAGCAGCCACCUGGUGCAGCUGGAAAUCUUCGUGCAGGACAGCAAUGACCACGCCCCCAGGUUCACAGAGGACCCGGUGACCAUCGUGAUCCCGGAGAACAUAGAGCCGGGCGCGUCCAUAUACACCUUCCAGGCUGUGGAUCAGGAUGGCAGCGGACCCAACAGCGAGUUACAUUACUCCAUCGAGCACUACUGGCCUGACACGCCGGACUUCCUGACCCUCGACCCCUUCAGCGGCGUCCUGACCCUCGGGGAGAAGUUGGACCGGGAGUCCACGCCCUCCCUCUACCUCGUGGUGCGGGCCACGGACCAGGCAGUGGAUCCCGCUCAGAGGCGCUGGGGUUCGGUCACCGCCCGGGUGUUUGUGACGGACGAAAACGACAACGCGCCCGUCUUCAGCUCCCCGUCGGCCGUCAGCGUCAUGGAGGACCAGCCUGUGGGCUUUGUCAUCCUGUACGUGAUGGCUCGAGAUGAAGACGAGGGUGAAAAUGGCCGAGUGUCCUACAGAAUCCAGACGGGGAACGGCGCUGGUCGCUUUAGUCUGAACCCCAUCACUGGCUCCCUCUCCAUCCUUAAAGCCUUGGACCGGGAGGAGCAGGAAGUCUUCAAUCUGACCAUUGUAGCCGAGGAUCAUGGGAUACCGCAGCUGUCCACCUCCCAGGUGCUGUGUGUGCAGGUCAUCGACGUGAACGACGAGGCGCCGGCGUUCCACCGGGCGGAGUUCGACAUCCAGGUGAUGGAAAACCAGGGACCGGGAACAACCGUGUUGACGGUGACCGCCACCGACCGGGAUCAAGGUUCUAAUGGACGAGUGACGUAUGGGGGCGUGACAGAGGAGGGCUUCAUCAUCAACCCUGUGACAGGAGUCAUCACCACCACAAAGGAACUGGACGCCGAGCGACAGGAUCACUACACUCUCACUGUGUACGCCAGGGAUGGAGGGCUGCCACCUAACUUUGCCAAGGCCGUAGUGCGUGUGGAGGUGCAGGACGUGAACGACAACGCUCCGGCCUUCUCCACGCCGUGGCACAGACUGGAGGUGCCAGAGAACCAGGCCCCUGUGGAGCUCUGCUUUCUCAAGGCCACCGACCCUGACUCGGGUGCCGGUGGAGAGCUGGAGUACAGGAUUACCGCGGGAGACCCUCAAGGAGAUUUCCAACUCCACGCCGGCACAGGAGCCCUGUCUACCUCGCGCGGCCUGGACAGGGAGACGAAGGCGGACUAUACUCUGGAGGUGGUGGCCACGGACCGAGGCAGCCCUGCUCUCAGCACCACCGCCACGGUGGAGGUCAAAGUGCUGGAUGUCAACGACAACAGCCCCGUGUUCGGCAGAAGUAGCUACUCUGUGGAGGUGUCCGAGGACGCCGCGGAGGGCACGCCAGUUUUGGAGGUGUCAGCAACAGAUGCUGAUGAUGACCUCAACGGGAAGGUUCUGUAUUUCCUCAGCCAAGAGACGCACGGAGCGUUUGCCGUGGAUGAGAGGACGGGUCGCAUCACCACCGGCGCACCUCUGGAUCGGGAAAAGCUGGCGUCAUACAGCUUCCAGGUGUUUGCCGUCGACCUGUCACCUGCUGCACCCAGGAACGCCUCUGCUCAGGUGACAGUCACCGUCCUGGACGUCAACGACAAUACUCCCUUCUUCAUCCAGGAUCCGCUGGUCAUCGAAGUGUCCAGCAGGCAUUCCCAGCGGGUUCUGGCCACGAUGAAGGCGGAGGACAAGGACUUUGGAGCCAACGGCUCCGUGUUCUACCGCUUCGCCGCGCCGGUGACGGGUUUCAGUAUCAACUCGCUGACCGGCGAGAUCCAGGCCACUCAGCCGCUGGGCGAUCUGACUCAGGCUCAGAGGACGUUGAUCGUGGAGGCCAUGGACCAGGGCAGCCCAGCCCAGUCUGCGCAGGGUGUGGUGGUGAUUUACGUGAAGGAGGUGCAGUACAGCGGCAUCCGCUUCUCCAGGAACGCCAGAGACGUCAGCAUACAGGAGAACGCCAUGAAAGGCACAAAUGUGGCUCAGGCUCAGGCUCAGCACCCAGAUGGCACACGUAACGGGAUCAGCUACAGCCUCUUCAGUGGAAACAGAAAGCAGGCCUUCAGCAUCAGCUCCUCAUCAGGUGAAAUCUUGGUGCUGAGCGCCAACGGUCUCGACUUUGAGGACGCCCCCAGACUCCGGCUGGUGGUGAAGGCCGAGACAAAGUCGUCCACAUCUUUCAUGGCCAUCAACCUGAUCCUGCAGGAUGUCAACGACAACCUGCCUCGCUUUCAGCUGCAGAAUUAUGUAGCCUACAUGAGAGAGGCACAGGGAUAUGAAAUGCCAAUCAUACAGGUGGUUGCCGAGGACGUGGAUCAGGGCCAAAACGGUCAGGUGACCUACUCCAUCCAGUCGUCGGGCAUGAGCGGCCUGUUCAAGAUUGACCCGGUGACGGGAAGCAUCACCACCGCGGCCAUCAUGGACCGCGAAAUCUUUACCCAGACCAAGCUGGUAGUUACAGCAACUGAUAGAGGAAGUCCGAGGUUGGCUGGUUCGGCCACGCUGACGGUGAUCAUCAUUGACCAGAACGACAACAGUCCCACCAUUCCCUUGCCCAAGGAAGUCCGCAUUCCAGAGAACACGUUGAUCGGCACAGAGAUCACCCUCGUGACGGGCAACGACGUCGACUCCAGUCCCGCCCUCGCCUACUCCCUGCAGCUCGACCCGACGGCCCUAGGCAAGUUUGGGAUUCACCGCUACAGCGGAGGCGUGUCCCUCACUGCCCCGCUGGACUUUGAGGAGAAGACGUGGUACACCGUCACCGUCCGGGCCACAGACAGCCAGCACCAGACUGAGGCCAACAUCACGAUAUUGGUGGAGGAUAUUAACGACAACGCGCCCGUGUUCACCCAUGAUCUGUACCAGGUAACUCUGCCAGAGCACACGCCGCCGGGAAGUGCAGUCGUCACGGUAACAGCAACUGACAGGGACUCUGGGGACAAUGGAAAGAUCACCUACAGGGUGAUGUCAUCAACACAGGAGGGCUUCUACGUUGACCCCAACAACGGAACCCUGUUCAUCAGUCACAGGGCGGAGUUUGACCCCGAGCGUCCGUCAGUCAGCGUCGUCAUAGAGGCUCGUGACGGAGGCUCGCCUUCGCUCUCGUCCCUGACGACAGUCCAGGUUCAAAUCUCUGACGUCAAUGACAACGCCCCUGUGUUCCAUCAAUCUGAGUACAGGGCUACGGUUGCCGAGGACACCAUCCCGGGGUCAACCGUGUUGACCUUCGAGGCCUUCGACAGCGACCUCUCCCGGGAAAACUGCGGCUUCGACUUUGCCAUCGCCAACGGAAAUGAGGGCAACGCGUUCCAGAUCGAAAGCAGCGUGCGCUUCCUGGAGGGGCGGGGCUUUCAAACCGUCGGGACACUGCUGUUGGCCGAGGGGCUCGACUUUGAAACCAAGCCGCUGUACAACCUCACCGUGGUGGUGUCCGACCGCGGCGUGCCCCAGAGGAGCUCUAGCGUGGCUGCAGUGAUAGCCAUCGGCGACGUGAACGAUAACCCUCCCGUGUUCAGCAGUGCCGAAUAUACCGUUUCACUGAGCGAGGGAGCGGCGGCGGGGACCGAGAUCAUACGACUCAUGGCUACAGACCUGGACUCAACUCCCAAUGCCGAGGUCCAGUACACCAUCAGCUCUGGCAAUGAGGUGAACCUCUUCACCGUGGACCAGUGGACCGGAGCCUUGCGGCUUCAGCAAGCGCUCGAUCGCGAACACCAGUCCACGCACACUGUCAUCGUCCAGGCCACAGACGGACAGGGACACUUCACGCUGGCUCCAGUGAUUGUCGAGGUCAAAGACAUCAAUGACAAUCAUCCAUUCUUCCCGGUGGAAGUCCUGACGGCUAGCAUCAGAGAAAACCAACCGGCCAACUCGGCCGUGACCGUCCUCCACGCCAUCGACCAUGACACGGGGGUUUUCGGACAGCUGAAGUACCACAUGGUGGAGCGGGCCAGGGGAGGAAGAGACAGCUUCGCCGUGGACCAGAACUCGGGAGAAAUCCGGAGCAAAAUCCCCUUUGACUUUGAGAAGGUCAACUCUUUUAACUUCGUAGCAAUGGCUGUAGAUUCAGGCAACCACACAGCCACUGUGACUGUACAGGUGUUUGUCACCGGCGAGGACGAGUACGACCCGGUCUUCACGUCAGCUGAUUUCACUUUUGAAGUCCCAGAGGAAGCCAAGAAAGGCCAGAGCAUUGGUCAAGUCCAGGCGCAGGAUGAGGAUGGAGGCGUGGAUGGUAUUGUCCUCUACUCUCUCCCCGCCAGUUCUCCGUACUUUGAUUUAAACAAAACCACCGGGGUGAUUUUCCUCAAGCUGGACAGUUCGGGCAGCAGCGGUGGCGGGGGGUCGGGCCGGGCCAAAAGGGAAGCCAGGCUGAUGACUCUUGACGUGAGAGCUCACAGUCCGCUGGACACAUCUCGCACCACCUCAGCCCAGGUCUCCAUCGACGUCACGAACACCAACUUUGGCCUGGCUCCCGACGUGAACAUUCUGCUGAUCAGCAUCAUCGCCGUGUCCCUCGGUUUCAUCGUGUUGCUCGUGGUCAUGGCCGUGGUGGUCUUCCUGGUCAAGUCACGGAGGAGAAAGAAGGGGCAGGAAGCAGGAAACAGAACCGCCGACUCGGGAACUGCUCUGCAGAAACUGGAUGAAGUUUGCAACUCGGGAGCUGGAGGAGAGAGGAUAUACCACCAGGCCUUGCCAGGCUAUGCUGGCGAUCAGGGUGGGGCCGGCGGGGGUCCCUACACUAGAGGGGGAUCCCUCGAUCCCUCUCACUCCAGUGGAAGAGGAUCCGCCGAAGCGGCGGAGGAUGAUGAGAUCAGGAUGAUAAACGAGUACCCGCGCGUCGCCUCCAUCACCUCGUCCAUGCAGGAGCACAUCUCGGCCAGAGGACCGGACUCUGGAAUUCAGCAGGACGCCGACCAGCUCUCGGACAUCUCCUGUGAACCGGCGGCUCUGGAGGGCAGCACUUGGUUCAAGGGAAAGAAACUGGGAGGCAGCCUCAGUGGAACCUUGCUCUCUGGCCAGCUCCCAGUGUACAGGGACGAGGGGGGUGGGUACCUGGGAGCAGGCCGCGGCCUCAACAUUUCCCUACCCAAGGAUUAUGCAUUCCCUGAAGACGGUAAACCUUCCGUGGACGGUUCCCUCACCGCCAUCGUCGCCAGUGACGAGGAGCUCCGCGGAAGCUAUAACUGGGAUUAUCUGCUCAACUGGUGCCCGCAGUUCCAGCCUCUGGCCAACGUCUUCACAGAGAUUGCGCGGCUGAAAGAUGAAACGGCGCAGCAGAGCCAGAACCCCCGACAGCCCUUCCAGCCCAAGCCCAAAAUGGACCCCAAACCCAGAAUCGACCCUCCGCCGCUCAUCACGUCGGUGGCCCACCCGGGGGCCAUGUCGGUUCCACCCAAGGUCCCCGUGAUCGGACGGACAUUCCCCCACUUGGCCUCGCUCCGCAGGUCCCCCAUCAGCCACGAGGGAUCCAUCUCGUCGGCGGCGAUGUCCCCCAGCUUCUCGCCGUCUCUGUCCCCUCUGGCGGCUCGAUCUCCCGCCGUCUCUCCCUUCGGGGUCAACCAAGGGCCCUCGGCGUCCAUGAUCAGCACGCGGGAACCCUCGCUGGACCAGAGUCCCGAGCGCGAGAUGAGAAUAUGAUGUAAAAGAAAAUUUGAAAACUUAUUUAAGGAAGAACUUUUAAGGCAAGACGACCUGGAUUAAAGCACGACAGAGCAUCCGUCGGACUGUUCUUUUUUCAUGGAACUGUAGGUUGUACUGUCAUUCUCAGUAAUGAUUGUUUUUGAAUGAGGGUUUGACAGAUGUCCGCUUCUGGACAAUAAACACACCCACAAAACCAUACUUAAACCUCGAACAUUUGUUUUGAAGUACUUCCUUUUGGUCGGCAGUGUUACAGGAACACAAAAAAAGUGGAACAUGUGCCUGGGUUGAUAGGACAACCCCCCCCCCCCACAGUGACGCAGGUCUCUACGAACUGAUCAGGGUUAUGAGGUGGACUGACCCCCCCCCCCACUCACCAUGCCCUGCAGUCAGAGGUCCCUUAGUGUGUAGAUAGAUAAAUGUGUAGUUGCUCGUGUGUUACCUCGCUGGCUGGCCAGAGAGUGAAGGGCCGUGUUCCUCUCUUUGUGUCCGUGGACAUUUUUACACUUUCAGUAUUAAAUUCGUCCUAGUGGCUGCAUUCAAAAUGGCCGCCGGACGUGUCCGUGAACCCCGCGGACGAAUGAACGAUGGGCAUGUUCACAAAGACACUGAUUCACUGACUUGCCAAUGCAUCGACGCAAUGGAGACUUGUACGGAUGGCACUUCUUUUGAUUUUGCUUUUGAUUUUUUUUUAUAUAUUUUUUAUGAAAUUAUGAUUUCAGAUGUCCAGAAAUGCCAUUAUUCCACAUGGAGAGGUUAUUAUUGUUGUAGGGUUUUUGUUGUUGUUUUUUGCAUAUAUGUAUAUUUGUAUGUAUGCAGAAUACAUUACUGUAUGUACUGUAUGUGUCUCCUCGGCUUUUUAGAGACUCUUGUGACAGUUCUGUUGUGAGUGAGAGAGAGACUAUUGUGUAUUUUUAUCAUUAUUUAUAUGAAAAGACUCGAGAAGAAGUUUGUUAUCGUAAGAACUUUUUUUUGUCAAAUUGUAGAUCUCCUCAAAUCCAAAACGGCAGCAUGAUGAAAACCUGAGGACCGGUCGGAAUGCCUGCUUCUCCCGAAGCUCAGCACUCACAGCAGCACGCACCCCCUUUGAUUUUCAGGUUACGGCAAAAAUUUACUGAUCACCUCUGUGUCUUUGAAAGAAAAGUGCUUCCCAAAGUCAUCUUACAUCAGUCGUCACUGAAGGGGCCGUAAGCCAUUUUGGAGAGCGCUUGUCUCACUUCCUGUCGUCGCUGCGAUCGCGGCGCCACCCGCUGGCACGUCCCUUCACGUGUCGACGGGUGACGUUUACAAAAAUGCACUCGCAGUGUUGCGCGGUGCGGUCCGCACCAAUUUUUUCCGGCGCACACACACACACACACACAACCGACAGCACAUUUUUUACCAAAAAAACGUGUAUUGCGUUUAGGAUCGCUCACCGCCCCUUUCACUGAAAUUCCCUUUUACUGUGAAGUUGCUCAUCUCAGCACAACGCAAGCGACAUGCAAGAAGAAAGAGAAAGAAAAGUGGCUUCACUUGGAGAAAUGUAGCACACGGAGCCCGACGAGUGGGCCGCAGGGAGCCUGAACGCACCAACCCUGAUGAAUGUACGAGGAUUUGGCAAUUGGUGCAGUAUUAAUCCCCAUGUCAACUCUCUGUCGUGUGCGUUUUAUUCCCGUUUAUUCGCCCAUCGAGCUCGUCCAUGACGCGAUGAGGUGUUUCCACGCUUGCGCGUGUUUAGCUCAUCAGCGGCACCUUCUCUCUUUCCUCUCAUCGUUGGGAUCGAGUUCUUCGCCGUCAGCUAUAGCCCGCAGCCUAACGAGAGGCAAAAGGCUUUCCCGAAUGGCCCGUUCAUUCUUCCGCGUGUGUCCAUUGUCCUGGCCUGUUUUUAAUCUGUUGGUCGGUAAUUUGCAGAUCUUGUUUUCAAGAGAUGGCUCCGGCCUCUGUUCUCUGCUCGACAUCAUCGCCCCCACAAAUUGUCCCGUGCGAAGCCGACACUGGUUCAUCGGAAGAAGCAACGCGAUGAGCGCGUGAGCCCGGCCGGAGCACGACGUGUUCCCGACUCGUAACCGCGCCGUGUCAGAGGCGUCUCCCCGUCGCAGGACCUCCGCUCGGAGUUCAGCGUGGGAGGAAUGCCAGUGACUCGAUCGGCGAAAAAACAAGGGCAGAAAGAAAAAGGAAAAGGAAAGUGCUGUACAAUGUAUUUAAAGCAAAUAAUAAAUUCCUACUGAUCUCUUUUGACAAA